AUGCCGCCGCGCCGCCGAAUUGAGGCUUUUCGAGAAGCCAUCGACAUAAGAAGAAAUGAGGGCCAUUCUAAUGAUCAGAUCUAUGCGUUUUUAAACGAAGCGCUGGUGGCUGAUCGCGGCAGCACGAUCUCGUUUCGUACCUUCAAGAGACAACUGUCCGAUUGGGGUCUGACUGCUUCAGUCCCAAGCCAUCAAAAGCUUCAGCCUUUAUAUGAAGAUAUCUGCGAUCUGUAUUACGAAGGUGUAUCAAUUCAAGAUAUCCUAGUCAAUAUCAAUUCCCAGCUUCAAUUGAGGAAUAAUGUACCUAUUAGCGAACGAACCUUGUACAAUCAACUUGAACGAUGGGGCUUAAAUAGCCGGCAUAAGGCUUUGGAGGUCUCUGGAGACCUAAUCAAUCGGGUCAAAUACUAUUUCUUCAACUUUGGCUUCUCUGAUCUCUCAAUUCUUCGUGAUCUACAACGAGAGGGCUAUUCUGAAGCAAAUCGAUGGAUGAUACGGCGAAUCCGGUACUGCUAUGGCAUGAAGCGGCGAUAUCGAAUACCUGAAGAAAGAGAAGAAACCCUUAAUCGUGCAAUUGAAUUCCUGCACCAAGACCUUCAGCAGCGCACAGCUAUCCUUGGCUUUGGUAAAGGACUUCUUUAUCAAUACGUUCGUCAACAGGCACAGCUGGCUGUAUCACAACGCCGUUUAUAUGAUUAUUAUCGCUCUGUUUUCCCUGAAGAAGUUGCAGGUCGCCGCGACGGCAAUUUUAAACAACGAGGAGACUUCAAAGUACCUGGCCCAAACUUCCUAUGGUCUCUUGAUGGCUACGAAAAGCUGAAGAGGUUUGGAUUUCAGGUUUACGGCUGUAUUGAUGCGUAUUCGCGGUGCAUUAUCUGGUUCUUUAUUGGAAGGUCAGCUACGACUUCAAUAAGCACUCUAAAGCAGUACCUUCAGGCCGUUCAAAGACUGCAAAUGCGACCCUUCUUCACAAGAUCUGACUGUGGCGUCGAAACCCCUCUGUGGGCAGCAGCGCAAGCAGCCCUUGCCAAAGCCGGUCCAAAGAAGCUUAAAUACACUGAUGAAGACGGAAUUAGCCACUAUUACGAACAAGGUGAUCGGCUAGAUAGCUGUCAUCUCUAUGGACCAAGCACAAGAAACGUGAAGAUUGAAUCCUGGUGGCGUCAGCUACGAGGAGGCGCUACAGAUCGUUGGAUAACCUUCUUUAAUGAGCUUGCCGGCUACGCGAUUUUUAGGGAUAAUAACCUCGCUGAUCAGAUAGCUAUGUAUGCUAUCUAUGGUCCUAUUAUUCGAGACGAAUUAGGUCAAUUUGUGCGUUUGUGGAACGGUCAUAUUAUCCGCAACCAGCCAAAUCGACCAAAUGUUCGAUCUGGCAUUCCAAUGGACCUAUAUCACACCACGGAGGACCCAAAUUGGGGCGUUUCUCUCAGCCAAGAUGACAAUAGCCCUGAUCAGCAGUUACUUCAUAAUAUGCUGAGUCCGCUUGAGCACAUUGACAUCGAAACGCUGCUGCCAGAAGAGACAGAGGCUUGGUGUAAUCAGCGGCUCCAAGAAAUCGGAUUUGAGGCUCGACUAGACCUUGAAGAUGACUCCAAACGCCCACAUGUCGAUAAAUUUAUUCAGCUACGAGAUCUAAUUGAAAGUCAUCAAAAAACAGCAUCUCUGCCAAUCCUACAGCCAGUGUAG